AUUUUCCUUUCGGCGGCUAUUACAAUCUAUGACUUAUUUUUGAAAAGUUGGUAACUGUGACAACCCCGAGCUUUGUUUACAACUGACGAUACAUACCGGCGGUCGGUCAGUCGGUCUCAGUCUUCUGGUCAGGAUGCAGGGCUUGUUACUGUUGUUGGGAUUGGUGUGUGCAGCAUCAGCUGCAAUUCAUCCAUUAUCGGAUAAAUUCAUUCAGUUGCUGCAGAAUGAGAAAACGACAUGGAAGGCAGGGAGGAACUUCAACAAGAAUCUCCCGAUGCGCUACUUGAAGAGUUUGAUGGGCGUUCAUGCAGACUCAAAGUUCCACAUGUCGCCAGUUCACAAACACAAAAUCCCCGAAGGCUUCAAAAUCCCCAAGGAGUUUGACUCGCGCACUGCUUGGUCCAUGUGCCCCACCAUCAGUGAAAUCAGAGACCAAGGAUCUUGUGGAUCAUGUUGGGCCUUUGGAGCAGUGGAGGUGAUGACCGACAGAGACUGCAUUCACAGCAACGGCACAAAGAACUUCCAUUAUUCUGCUGAAAACCUGGUUUCCUGUUGCCAUCUUUGUGGUUUUGGAUGCAACGGAGGUUUCCCAGGUGCUGCUUUCCAGUAUUGGGUCCACAGUGGUAUCGUAUCUGGAGGGGCUUUCAAUUCCACCCAGGGUUGCCAACCAUAUGAGAUUGCUCCAUGCGAACAUCAUGUCAGUGGUCCUCGCCCCAAGUGUGCAGAAGGUGGCUCGACUCCUAAAUGCCACAAAAACUGUGAGAGCAACUAUGUUGUUGAUUAUGAGAGUGAUUUGCACCAUGGCAGCAAGCAUUACAGCGUUGACAAAGAUGAAACCCAGAUUAAGUACGACAUCAUGACAAAUGGUCCCGUUGAAGGAGCGUUUACUGUUUAUGUAGAUUUUCUGCACUACAAGUCUGGUGUUUAUCAGCAUACUCACGGAUUGCCCCUUGGUGGACAUGCCAUUCGUGUUUUGGGUUGGGGUGAGGAGGACGGAACACCUUACUGGUUGUGCGCCAACUCCUGGAACACUGACUGGGGUGACAACGGCUACUUCAAGAUUCUCCGAGGAUCUGACCACUGUGGUAUUGAAAGUGAAAUAUCAGCAGGGCUCCCAAAAGUGGAGUAGGUAAGACAAGAUUACCUUUAGCAAUAUCACUAUGAAGCAGUAUGUUGCACUAAAUCCAGAAAAUUGUCCUUAUAAGCACUUCAUAAUUCAACAGGAAUUGGAACUAUAUGCUAUUGAUUAGUGGGUGUUAUAGUUUUCAUGUAAAUGUUCCAAGUUUAUCUUCAGAUAAAAUUAGAAGGAUAUUUUAAUGAAGGUUGUCUUAUAAAGGAUGAAGAUACUAUUUUAUACUCAGUGCUAAUUGUUGUGGCUGUGUUUUAAUGUGAUUGAUCAAAAUUUGAAAGUAUUCUUUUAGAUAAUUGCAUUUGUGUAGUAGCUUUAUCCAACCAUGAAAGUAUUUUUUUGUUUAUUUUUUAAUACUAGUUGAAAGUACUAUACAGCAACAUUUUAAUCAUUCAUUAGUAGUAGUUUCACUUUUUUACUCCAUGACUAAAUAAAUCUUGACAUUUUUAAGUGUAUGUCACCACACAAUUGUUCAUUAGUAGUAGUUUUACUUUUUUACUCCAUGACUAAAUAAAGUUUUUUUGCUUUUAUUUAUAAGUGUCACCACACAACUAUAUAUACUCUCAGAUAUUAAUUAGUUUCCCAAAUGAGGUACAUUCCAGAUUUUGUCUUUGCUUUUGUUUAAUUUUUUUUAAACCAAGUUAUUAAAAUUUUAUAAAUCAAAA